AUAUGACAUUUCGCUCACGUUUUCGAGUGUAAGACUGUAAUGAGCGGCUCGCAGUCUGUCAACGGCUACUGCUCCUUUACGCGCCCUCGCCAUGGCCACGGUCUUAGAAACACUGCCCGAUUCUCUCAUAGAACCACCAUUAACCUUAACCCUAGUUUUAGGAGGCUCUCUGUUACCUUUGCAUCUCUCCGGCGUCGUGGUAGAAGCCGGAACAUAGGCAGCAAUGUUGAUCGCAGUGAUCAAAAGCUGGAAAUGGUGGUGGAUCUCAAAAGAAUGAGAACCCAAGUCUCUGAAUCCCUGAAUCUUUUAUUAAUCAAUGGGAAGGAGGCCCUAAAAGAUCUGCAGGGCCUAGUCACUAUUGAUGGCAACGAUCGAAUCACUGUAUCUUGUCGCAGGUCUUCCUUAGAAUUCAUCGCCUAUACCUUUGUCUUGGCCCUCUGUAUUGUGUUUGUGAUCAGGGUUUUGUUGAAAUUGGGUUCUCGAUAUGGACUGUACAGCAAUUGGGGUCUUGUCAGGAGGAGGGACAGGAGUCUUGGAGGGAGAGAGGUUGUUGUUGGGUUGAGGACGAAGGGAAAGGACUCGUCUGCUAAAAUUAGGGUUUCUAAUUCUAUCAAUCCAUUGUCCAAUGUUGGUGGUGCCCUGGGUAUUAUUUCAAAGAGGAAUUCAAUGAAUCACUUCAAUAAAGCGGAAGAAGAAGAUGAAGAAAAGUUGCCAAAAUGGUGGCCAGAUGCGGGUUCUUCUGUGAUCAUGGCUCUGCCCAAGGAUGAAUACCAGAGAGAGGCGAAUAGAAUGAUUCGAGCCAUUAUGGACAAGAGAAUGAGUGGAAGGGAUGUUACCGAAGAUGAUAUCAUACAACUUCGUCGAAUAUGCAAGAUCUCUGGUGCUAAGGUGUCUAUUAAAACAGAAAAUUCACGAGAUUCCUUGUACCGCAUCACAGUUGAUUUUGUGUUAAACAUGUGCAAUAGCUCGUUGCUUCACCCAACCUUUGUUCAAAUUGAUGGUGAGAAGGGCCCGCAAUUUCUUGCGGGAUUUGCUAAAAACAUAGGUCUUGAGGAAACUCGUGCUGCAAGAAUGGUUUGCGCUGCUGUUGCGGCAUUCACUCGGUCCAAAGUUUUGCAGGCUUGGGCUUUGGAAAUUCAAGGAAAAAGAUCUGAGGCUUUAGAGGAACUAUCAAAGAUCUGUAUUGUUCAUCAAAUUUUCCCUCCAGAAGAUGAUUCUCCAGAAAUGGAGAUGUUAUCUCAAGGCCUUGAGAAACAUUUGAAAGUGGAGCAAAGAGAAAGAUUAUUCAAAUUGUUUGUUAAAGUGUGUGGUUCUCAAAGCCAAACAAUUGCUGAAGUUCUCCGCCUGAAACCAAGUGGGCUCUCCUGUUGUGAGGAUUCAUAAAGGCUUUCCAUGUGACGAUGUCUAUUCUCAACGAGGUUCUUUGACAAACUUGGGUUUUUGAGCAAGAGCACAAAAUCAAAGAUGGGAAUCUGACUUCAAGUUUAGAGCUCUCCUUUUGGUAGUUCUCUCUCGCAUUUUUGAGCAAGAGCACAAAAUCAAAAAUGGGAAUUUGCCUUCAAGUUUAGAGCGCUCCUAGUGGUUCUCUCUCGCUCUCUCUCUCUCUCU